UUCAUUUGGAAAAAUUUCAGGAAGACAUCUUGGCCAAGCCAUAGCCAAAGCAGGAGAAUUUGUGCAGAGAAAGAAAGAGAUAGAGAAGAGGAAACAUAUGAGCAGAGACGAAGAAGAUGGCGGCAACUUACGGUUCCGCCAUGACACUCCAACUUUCUCGGGCAGCUACACAUCACGGCCACACCAGGCCACAACAAAACCGAACACUAAGCUCCUCUCGUUCUUCCUCAAAACCCUAGUCAUGGCCUUUGUUAUCUCCCUCUUUUUCAUCUUCUUAGGAAUCGCAGCCAUCGUCCUCCUUCACAUUUGCCUCGCUGGUGGUGCCCUCCAGCGCCGCAGAAGGUGGCGAAGUCUGUCCUCGGAUUUUUCUGACGAGAAUUCUGAAUUCGGUCUUGGGUUGUCGCAGAAAGAGCUGUCCAAGGUUCCUUGCUUCAAUUACAGUGUUGCGCUAGAACGCGCUGUGAAUGGAGAUUGUGCUGUUUGCUUGGAAGGGCUUAGGGAAGGAGAGAUGUGUAGGAUUCUUCCAAGAUGCAAGCAUGUGUUUCACGCGAAUUGUGUUGAUGCGUGGUUGAUCAAGGUUGCUGCUUGCCCGCUUUGUCGAGCGUCUGUUGAACCAGGGUUGCAAUUUGGUUCAGAGGAUUAUAGGAAAUUGAGGGAAAGGGAACAGGGUUUGUAAAGAAAAGGGUUGGGGCCCUAAUUUCAUCCGUUGAUGAAUCUGUAAGUCUUUUUUUUUUUUUUCCCUAUCCAAAAAAAAAUGUCUUUUUUUCCCCUUUUUUUAGGUUGUGCACUAUUGUAGAUAAUGUUAAUAAGAAUAUAAUUUUCGGGUUUCUAA